UAAAUUUUUUUCACAGGCCUUUUAAAUUCCCAACAACAUAUCUAUCCUUCAUCUCCACUCACAAGUCUCCACACUAAUUUUAUCUUUUGCAAAAAAAUUUCCAAUCUUUCACUUCACUUAUAUUAUAUAACCUUUAAAAAAAAACUUAUAUUAUAUAAAUGGAAAAUACAGAAGUACAACAACAAUCAUGGGAGCUUCAACAACAACAAGAAGAUGAUGAAGAUGAAGUUGGAGACAAUUUAAUAACUAGAAAAAAGAAUCUUGGGCAAACCCCACUUCACAAUAUCAUCACUAAUGCUGAAAAUGGUACAGAAAAAGAAGAAGAAAAAGUACAAGAUAUUAGUCAAGAAAAUGUCACAACAAAAGUUGUUGAAAAUGAAGAUGAAAAAGAGAAAGAAAAACAAGAGUAUUCUGUUUAUUUUGACACAAAUGAAGGUAAUGGGGAAAGCCAAAUACUAGAGAACACUGAUGUAACAAUAGAUAGUAAAAAAAACGAGAAUGGAGUGCAUUUGCUUAACAGCAACCAAAAUGGAGAACAUGAAAAGCAUGAUAACUAUUCCGAAAUAAAAUCAUCUGAAACAGUUGAAACAAGUUCUCCGUCACACAUAAACAACAAAACAGACGCUAGUGAAAUUCAAGUGAUUAAAGAUGGUGAUGAUGAAAUAACUGAAUUUGAUGUGGAGACAAUAUUAAAGACGCAAGAUACGCAUGAUUUGUUCUGUCCUAAUUGUAACUCUUGUAUCACUAAAAGGGUAAUUCUUCGUAAAAGAAAACGUAGAAUCCCAGUUCCUGAUGCAAAGCGUAACAAGCCCGAAGCGAAUGUUGCUUUAAGUGAUUCAAGUGAUAAUCGAGCUCAAAAUGGAGUUGAUAUUAGUUUAAAUGAUGUUCCAUCAACGAUAUCUAACGAAUAUGAUCAACAACCAGAGCCGGAUGUAUUCAGAUGUUUGUCAUGCUUCAGCAUUUUCAUGCCCACAGGAAAUGGAUUUAAGUUGUUCCGAAUAUUUGGAAAUAAAAGCAAUGAAGAAAACAAUGAAGUUUCUCAGAAGGAAGUGCCUGUGAAAAAAAAGUGGUUUUCUAACAUAUUUGCAUCAGAUAAGGUGAAAAAUAAUGUUUCUGAUCUGAAUAAAUCAGGAGCUGAGCAGAGUCUAGAUGCAGAAAGUAAUGUGGUGUCUUCAAACCUUCAUGAGCCAAACAUUUUAGCUUCGUUGAGUCAAGAAGCUAGCUCACAAACCACCAACAGUACAAUGAAUUCAGAAAAUAAUCAAGUUAACUUAGAUGCUGCUAGUGUUGGUACUGAUAUGGAUGCACCUUCUUCAAGACAAGGAUAUGAUACAACUGAACAACAGAUUCCAAAGGAGUCAGAUAGCCCUACAGAGACUGAUGCAGGAACAAUUACCAUGGACAAGCAGUUACUUACCUCUUACCAAACAGACUCCAACGGCAAAAGUGAUUAUCCGGGAACGUUUGUAGUCAAGCCUCCGUUUGGUAACGCGGAGUCUGCAGAAAAUUCUGUUUCUCCAAUGCAAAAUGAUGGACUAAAGCUUGUUGUUCCUCCAAAUGUGGGAUCUUUAGUCAUUGACAAUUCACAAAUGAACCAGGAGCUUGAUGUGACAGUUCAAUCCAAACAUCCAGAUUUAAUGCCUGGGGUUACACAACAGCGAACUUUCCAAAACAAUCUCGAAACUCGACUAGAAGAGCCUCUGAAGGUUGACAAGGAUGUCUUAACAGACAAACAGAAUAAACUUUUUGAGGAUUUGAAAACCAUUGAAAGGAUUAAAGGUAAAGACACGAUAAUUACCAUUGGAAGCAACCAACCUGAGACGUCUUUCCUUCAAUCAUCACCGGAUACACUUUUUGCAAGUGGAACUCCAGCCUUGCAGCAUGCGGGGGGACAAAGCCGUGUUACCACGGAAACUGGGGGUCGUAGUUUGGACGUUAUUAAAAGUAUUGUUUAUGGUGGUUUGAUGGAGUCAAUCGCAAGUUUAAGUGUUGUGUCUUCUGCAGUUGCUGCUAAUGCUGCAACAGUGAACGUGUUGGCGUUGGGAUUAGCUAAUAUAUUUGGUGGAUUGUUUGUGAUUAGUCAUGAUCUUUGGGACUUAAAGAAUGACCGCUCAAGAAAGCGAGAAGAUCGAUACCAACAACUUUUGGGGCAAAAAGCAGAUUUCCCACUUCACAUGGUCAUUUCUUUGCUAUCAUAUCUCAUAUUUGGCUUCCUUCCUCCAGUUGUGUACGGGUUCUCCUUUUUUGAGAGCAACGACAAGAAUCUUAAACUUGUAAUGGUGGCUGCAGCUUCCGCAGUAUGCAUCAUAAUUCUGGCUGCUGGAAAAGCCUAUACUCAGAAUCCACCUAAGUCUUAUUUAAAAACAAUUUCUUAUUAUUUAAUGUUUGGGUUCAUGGUGGCUGGUGCUUCUUAUGUGUUUGGUGACUUGAUAAUGAAGUUACUGGAAAAGAUAGACAUAUUCCAUUCAGGUUCAGCUGUGAACCUGAGCAUUCUUGGAAAAACCUCAAAACCGGCCGUCGCAGCAUAUUAAUGUUACAGCUUGCCAAGUGUUUAUUUCAUUUUCAUGUUCCCAUUUUUCUUUGUAGCUUUGUAUUAUUAACUUAGAAUAAUUCUUAAGUUGAAUUGAUUAAAGAUGUAGGUGCAACUUGUAUGCCCAAGGUAGUAUUCAUCUUUAGAGGUUUAGUAUUUGCAUCAAACAUUUAUAUGUACGUAGGGCAAUUCGGCUGCAAUUGUAGAAAUUCCAAAUUUUAGCAUGCAUUUAGUAAAGAAUGUGAAAUUAGAUCUCA